CGAGUGCAGCGAGGCCACAUUCUGCUGCCAGGUGUGCAGCAAGGGCUUCCGGCUACAGCGCAUGCUCAACCGGCACCUCAAGUGUCACAGCCAGGUGAAGCGCCACCUGUGCACGUACUGCGGCAAAGGCUUCAACGACACCUUCGACCUCAAGAGACACGUCAGGACGCACACUGGCAUUCGCCCCUACAAAUGCAGCCUUUGCCACAAAGCCUUUACACAGAGAUGCUCCUUGGAAUCGCACCUGAAGAAAAUCCACGGCGUGGCACAAAAGUACAGCUACAAGGAGAGGAGAGCCAAGCUGUAUGUCUGCGAGGAGUGCGGCUUCACGGCCAUAAACCAAGAGGACCUCUACCUUCACAUGAGGCAGAAUCACCCAGAAAACCCCAUGCUUAAAAAGACUUCCAAGAAAAUAGCUGCCUCUUUGCAGAAGAAGCUGCUGAACAACAGCGAUGAAAGCAAGGACUCUGAAUAGGAGCAAAGGUAUUAGUGCCUAUACUGAAGCUUUGAUGCUUAACGUGAUGGUCAGUGCCAAGGAGGUAGUAAACACAGCAGGAAUUAUCAGUGUAAACCAAUCACCUUGGAACCUGUCUGCCAGGUAGAAGAAUCAGAGAAGACAUUUAGGCUGUUGCUGAUACACAGAAACCAAAGCAUAUUUUCAGGCCCUGGUCCAGAUAUGCGCAAGGGAGAUUAAUUCUGGGGCCCUGCUGUCAUGGAUGGAAUCUUUGUCCUUCUACCCAGUGUCUGGGGAAGGUGAAGGUGCUUACAAUUUGACACAAUCAAUUGAGCCUUUUUGAAAGACAAAUAACUUAGGGCUAAGUGUCUGAACAGUGCUUGGGGCUUUUCAGCAUUUCUCAACAGGCUUGCCUGUCAAUCUUCUUCCUUGUUCUUUUACUUUUGGUUCUGGGUACAUUUUGCUGGAUGGUGCGCACUAUAUUCAGUUAUAGAUUUGUGAAUUUGGAAAAUAAAAUGUACAUGCAAAGAAAAAACAGUGAAUUUCCAAAAUUUGGUGCAAAUUUCUUACUUUUGGAAAUAUUCAAUACGAUAAUAUUAUGCUUUGCAAU